GCCCCUGCCUGGGAGUGCGAGGGGGGCAGUCGCUGCUCUUGGGAAAAGGAGGAGCUGCGUCGUCGCCACGGGCGAGGUCGCAGCCGGCAGAGCCAGAAAGCCAGGGGCGGCCGUGCGGCUCGGGUCGGCGGGGGGCGAUGGAGGGGUCCCCCCGGGGAGACGGCGACCGGCUGUGCACCGCCGCCGCCCGCGGGGACCGCGAGGAGGUGCGGAAGCUGCUGGACGCAGGCGUGGAUCCCAACGCAACCAACUGCUUUGGGAGAACCCCGCUCCAGGUGAUGAUGCUGGGCAGCCCGCGGGUGGCCGAGCUGCUGCUGCAGCGCGGAGCAGACCCCAACCGCCCCGACCCGAGCACCGGCUGCCUCCCGGCUCACGACGCGGCCCGCGCCGGCUUUCUGGAGACGCUGGCGGCGCUGCACCGGGCCGGGGCUCGCCUCGACCAGCCCGACGGCCGCGGCCGCCUCCCGCUCGACGUGGCGGCGGGGGGCCCGCACGGAGCUGUGGGCCGCUACCUGCACCACCCGCCGCCCCUCCCGGGAGCCGGGAGGACCGCCGAGGGGGCUGCGCGCUGACCCACCCUCGGCCGCCCCCGCCGGCACCCUGUCCCCUCGCCGCCUGCGCCCAUCUCCGCCGCGAGUAUCCCCGCCGCAGAGUCACCCAGAGAGCGAUCGCGGUUGGAGGCGCUACCGGUGUCCGACUGCUGGGAAGACUCUUCCUCUGUCCCGCUGCCCGGGGCUCCUCCCGCACGCCCCGGGCACCCCGUGUCCUGCUUCUGCGAGAAGACACGUGCUGCUCAAUUUCCUGAGAAAAAAAGGAAAGAACCAAAACACUGCCAAGGCUAGCGCUCCUGCUCUCCCUCUCAGGCUCCCCGACGGGCAGAGCACAAACAGCAAAUGGUUCUCCUAUGCUUCGGGGGAGUGAGGGGGCGAUGGAAAAAUCUGCCGUUUCCCCUCUCCAUUUUUUUGUUGGAGAAAUGAGAAUGCUGUGUUUCCCUUACCGGCUUGCUCACCGCCCUGCAAGGCUUUGCAUUGUAGAGAUACCUUGAAGUUCUUUUACGUUGUAGUGCUCUGAAAUAGUGAACACUUCAGCCAUUCCCUUUACAAAAGUUUUCAAUCUAUAAAUCUUCUCCCCUCAUCAGCCCACUUAACUUAGAAUUUUAAUAUUAGUAUAUAACGUUGAUUGAAUGUUAAAAUAUUUAAUACUGAUAGACAUCACGAUUUGAGAACUACCACAAAUAUUUUGUACAGUUGCAUUUGGAGAAGCCAUCCAUGUGAAAAACCAAUUAGUGAUCGCUUCGUUACUGUGUGUUUUUGCAUUUGGAGGUAUCCCAUUCAUUCAGAAGAUUUGGGCAACGAGCUUCUUAAUUUUAAGACAGUUUUCUGUGUCUCUAAACUAGAUAUUUGGAAAAAACAACAAAUGACCGAGUUUGGUUAUAAAUCUGCAUCUUUUCACACUUUUCGUUUUCUGUUUUUCUUAUGGAAUUUCCAUUGCCUACCCAAUGUUUGUACCACUUGCGUGCAACAAAAUACCUGUUAUUAUUCAAUAUCAAAACACGAGAUUGGCUUAAAAAACUUCAUUCAUAGUGUUCAGCUAUUAAAUGGUUCUGCAUG